AUAAAUAAUCGAUGGGGCCCGAUAUGUGCUGCUUAGCCCAUUGCUGCUCACUUCAUUUUAUUAAACUAUAUUUUAAUGAAAAACAUUAAAAUUUGUAGUUAACAACUUAAAAUAAAAAAAGGUAAUUCAAUUUUGGAUUUUACUCCCUUAAUUAAAGCGAAAACUCUGUUUCACAUCCAUCGACCAUCAAAGUGUUAACAUUUUGUUUUUAAAAAUGCUGCAAACAAAUCGUGUUCUUCAAAAAGAGCAAACUGAACUAUAUGCCAUCCAAAAGAAGUUGGAGCAAGUGCUACCCGUCAUCCAGGAGGCAUUAAACUCAUUAAAGGUGGAUGAACUGCAUCUUAAGACGCAGGUGUUGGGUUUGCAGAACACGCCAAUGGAAUGGACUCCUGCCAUAGAUCCCCUGCAAUUAGACCUCACUGAACAGUCUCAGAUCCCAUCUGUAAUGGAGUCUGAGCACAUCAACAGCCAGAAGAUAGAUCUUGGCAUGUUAAGCCAAUUAAGGCAGUACGACGAGGAAAUCGACUCGGACUAAAACGUUUAUUAUAGGCAGCAUCUUGGCUAGAACAUCACCAGACCACGUACAUUUAGGGAACUUAAAUAAUAAAUACAGUACAGUAUA